CCACUCUUAUGCUAAGUAGACAAGCUGACGCGCCAUCCCAUUGGCUGCGAGUCUCAGUCAAUUUCCCAUUUGAAGCUGACGUCGGGUCCAAUAUAAAAGAAGCGAAGCUUUUAAACAGAGAGCUGACGGUUCUCGUCCUCCAGCUAAAAUCUCAACACGCGUUGGGUUUGGCUCUUUUCACCCAGAAAACUAUUGUAAUCGCUUAUUAUCUGCUUCCUCUCUCUCUCUCCGUGCAUCUUUUAUCCUUACAUUUCAGUCUCUCGCUCCCCCCACCUUCUCUCUCUACCCAACCAUUGCAAAGCAACAGCAGCCAAGAUGAAGCAGUGAGUGAGAGAGGGAGAGGGAGAGAGAGAGAGAAAACCAACAUUCAGACCCGCUGUCCAGAUUCCAUGAAGCAAAGACUUAAGAAAGAGAGAGAAAUCGUAUUCUACCGAUGCAUCUGUACUAUAACAGAUCGGAGCCGGAACGAGCAUAAAAAUCAUACUUAACAAAAAAAAGCUGGUGUGCAAGACUUCUAAAUCCUAGUUUAAAAAAACAAGCAACCAAGAACAAAAUAACAAAGAAAUCAAGCUGGCUCUCUCUCCUUCAGCUCAGAGCAGUCUCAUCGCGGCGAUCGCAGGCGUUUGCCCCGGCGUUUGGAGGUCUGGUCGUACUAAUACCAUCUGCAGUAAAAGGAUGGCAUCCGAAUUGGCAAUCAACAGCGCCGACCUACCCAACAGUCCCCUUGCGAUGGAAUAUGUUAAUGACUUCGAUCUGAUGAAAUUCGAAGUCAAAAAGGAGCCGCUGGAGUCCGAAGGCAACCCGGGCAGCCACUGUAACCGUAUCGGGGGCUCGUUAUCUUCCACUCCAAUGAGUACCCCGUGCAGUUCGGUGCCCCCGUCUCCCAGCUUCAGCGCUCCAAGCCCCGGGGAGCAGAAGGCGGCGCACCUGGAAGACUUUUACUGGAUGACUAACUACCAGCAGCUAAACCCGGACGCUCUGAGCUUCACGCCGGAGGAUGCGGUGGAGGCCCUGAUUAACAGCGCCCAUCAGCAGAUGCAAGGAGGCUUCGACGGCUACCGGGGCCAGCAGCAACAACAGCAGCAGCAACAGCAGUAUGCAGCGGCGGGGGCCGGCGCCGGAGCUGGAGCGGGCAUGGCUGGCGAGCAGAUGGGUCCGCCCGGAACCGUGGUGGCUCACCACCAGCACCAACACCACCACCAUCACCACCACCAGGGGCACCAACACCCAGGGGGAGGAGUGGCCGCCGUUGGCACGGCCGGCACCGGGAGCACCGGCCCCGGCGCCGGCGGCAUCCACCAGCACCCGCACCUGCGGAACAGCGAGCGCUUCUCCGACGACCAGUUGGUCACCAUGUCGGUGAGGGAGCUGAACCGGCAACUCCGAGGUGUCAGCAAGGAGGAGGUUAUCCGGCUGAAACAGAAACGCCGGACCUUGAAGAACCGGGGAUACGCGCAGUCGUGCCGCUUCAAGCGGGUGCAGCAGCGGCACAUGUUGGAGAGCGAGAAAACUCAGCUGCAGCAGCAGGUCGAACACUUAAAACAGGAGAUAACCCGACUGGUGCGAGAGAGGGACGCCUACAAGGAGAAGUACGAAAAACUUGUGUCCAGCGGCUUCAGAGAAACGGGAUCGUCUAGCGAUAACCCUUCCUCCCCGGAAUUCUUCAUAUAUUACCAAGUUCAUCCUUUCGAAGAAAACCCUCAGUAUCCCUGGGCAAAAGUCCCCGGCUCGGACCACCUCUCAUCAGGCUCCUGCUCUCGAUCACCUCGCUUACACCUGGAUUGUCGCCUCUCUCCAGACUAAAGAAACAAUGGAGAAUCUGAAUAAAUUCCUUCAUGUGCAAUAAACCCAAAUCACAUGCAUCUCAGUUACUUGUGCUUGGUGUUUCCAAAAGAACUAGCAAUGCAAUCGAGCUCCUUAAGGCCGAUAAUGUUAAUCUGCAUACCCCCGCUGACCGAACAAGAAAGAAUUGUUUGCUGCCAAUUUGCCUGGCAAUAUUGGCGUAGAAUUCGUAUGUCGGAAGCAGUUGGCGCGGUGGAUUUUGGAAUAAAAUCAGGGUUUAUGAACAAUAAAACUCUAAAUAUC